ACUCGUCCACGGUGUUUGUUUCCUUGGCAAGGAUUUCCCCAAUUUUCUUUAUGUACUGCUGCUUCUGUCUUUUAACUGACUACCACUCAACAGCGAGCCUUUGAUAAUAAGCAAUUAACAGACAAUAUCCAAAAUUCUCUUGCCUGCUCUCAAUCUUACUUAUCUUCGUCCUUGCCUCGCCAUUGUAUGUCCGAGAAGGACACAGACACUUCUUUACCACAUCAUUCCCUUCCUCUCCUUGUCCUUCCGUUCCCCAUCUUUGUUCCCCUAAUGGGCACCAUAUCGGGCAGCAAGACCAUCUUACUUUCAUUGGCCUCUUCCCAGCCGUAACUGCCUCACCAAAACACAAACACCACCAUCAGCGUGACCCAAUGGAGACAAAAGAUCUGAUGAUGACCAGCAUGUUGACAAAGGAGGAAUGGGAGAGUGAGGCUGAGAGAGGCAAGGAGAGCGAGGAGGUGAAGGCAGAAGAGGAGGGGACUCAGGACGAAAACUGUCGACUGAUGCUGGCUGACGGUCUUGCAGAGAGAGGACCCAAGAGUCUGAACCCGGCUUCUGGCCAGCAGGUGUCCAACGGCUUCACCACGUCCGGCCAGCAGAGCUCCAAGGAGGGAGCAGGGCUUCCCGACGCGUACUCUGCGGGUUCGGCCUCGGGGCCCGCAAGCGGCUCCGGGUCCGCUGAACCGCUGGGAGGCCUCAGGACUCUGGUGGUCCAACAAACCAGCUUGGACCGGCCCAGAGAAACUUGGAGCAAGAAGAUGGACUUCUUGCUCUCUGUGAUUGGAUACGCAGUGGACCUUGGCAAUGUGUGGCGUUUCCCUUACAUCUGCUACCAAAAUGGAGGAGGUGCCUUUUUGCUUCCCUACCUGUUGAUGGCGGUGUUUGGAGGUGUGCCACUCUUCUACAUGGAGCUGGCUCUCGGCCAGUUUCACCGCAAUGGGUGCAUCUCCAUCUGGAAACACAUCUGCCCCAUCUUCAAAGGUAUAGGCUUUGCUAUCUGCAUCAUAGCCCUCUACAUAGCCUUCUAUUACAACACCAUCAUGGCCUGGGCCUUGUACUACCUGUUGUCGUCGUUGCAGCCUACCCUUCCCUGGACCACUUGCACCAACAGCUGGAACACGGGCAACUGUAACCGCUACAUGUCCACUGACCACAAUGUUUCAUGGUCCAACUCUUCCACCUCUCCUGCUGAGGAGUUCUAUACUCGACACGUGUUGCAGGUCCACCUCUCUUCAGGUCUGCACCAGCUGGGUUCCAUCAGCUGGCAGCUGGCCCUCUGCCUGCUCUUCAUCUUCACCAUCGUCUACUUCAGCAUCUGGAAGGGCGUCAAGACAUCGGGAAAGGUGGUCUGGGUGACAGCCACCUUUCCUUAUCUGGUCCUCCUGGUGCUCCUCAUCCGUGGGGCCACUCUACCUGGGGCCUGGAGGGGUGUGGUCUUCUAUCUCACACCUGAUUGGGAGAAACUGCUCAGCACUACAGUGUGGAUCGAUGCUGCAGCUCAGAUCUUCUUUUCGCUGGGUCCAGGCUUUGGGGUUCUUCUUGCCUUUGCCAGCUACAACCCGUUUCACAACAACUGCUACAAAGACGCUUUGGUCACCAGCUCGGUGAACUGCCUGACCAGCUUUCUGUCCGGCUUUGUGAUUUUUACUGUGCUGGGCUACAUGGCUGAGAUGAGGCACCAGGAUGUGGAUACUGUUGCCAAAGAUGCUGGACCCAGUCUGCUUUUCAUCAUUUACGCAGAAGCCAUUGCGAACAUGCCUGCUGCAACCUUCUUUGCCAUAAUCUUCUUCCUCAUGAUCAUUAUGUUGGGUCUGGACAGCACAUUUGCCGGUCUGGAGGGGGUGGUCACCGCCAUGCUUGACGAGUUCCCCAACGUCCUGGUGAAGAGGCGAGAGCGCUUUGUCUUUGGCCUCGUUUGCGUCUGCUACCUCGGGGCGCUCUCCACUCUCACAUAUGGAGGAGCUUUUGUGGUGAAGUUGUUUGAGGAGUAUGCCACGGGCCCUGCAGUCAUCACUGUGGUGCUGCUCGAAGUCAUCGCCGUUUCCUGGUUCUACGGUACCACUCGUUUCUGCAACGACAUCCAGGUCAUGCUCGGUUUCCACCCGGGAUGCUUCUGGAGGAUCUGCUGGGUCGCCAUCUGCCCCAGCUUUCUGCUGUUCAUCAUCAUCAGCUUCCUGGCCUUCCCUCCUGACGUCAAGUUAUUUGACUACCAGUAUCCACCUUGGACCACAUCCCUUGGCUACAGUAUCGGGGUGUCUUCAUUAAUUUGCGUGCCUGCUUACAUGGUCUACCACCUAAUCAAUGCCAAGGGCACAUUCAAACAGCGUUUAUCAAAGAGCAUCACUCCUGAGCCCAGCAAUGAGCAACACAGAGGCUUCAUAGUCACCAACGCAGUCUGACCUGACCCUCCUGUGCCAAUUUAAGCUACUUAGAGUGCCCUCUUCUGGAUCCCUUGCAACACUACAAAACAUGAAGGCUACCUUUCACCACGUUUGCCUCAUUUUCAUGUGAAGCCGAAAUCCGGAAAUGUUUUGGGAUGUGAUGUAGGUGAAGACAGGUUACAGCAAUCUUAUUUUGUUUGGCUCAGUUCGUGAGCAGAUUUUCAUACACGGCAUCUUUCCAUUUCGCGACUGUGCGUCACUGCCCUUUUGUUCAGAUAACACCUAUUUUAUACAAUUAUUUUGAUGCAGUCGUGUAAGUCAAACUGCACAUAGUAUGUACUGAUCAUUUCGAUUAGUGUACACAUGAUUAUCUCUUCCCUCUCAUUGUAUCAUUUUAAUAAUAUACAGAUAAGUUAUGCAUUCUAAUAUGUAGCAAAAUUCAGGUAUUCCCUCUCUUCAUUGAAGCCAAAUAUGUGAUAUUUGUUCUGCUCAUAUUUCAUCCGAAGUGACAGUAUUGUUGUUCCAUUUAUGUUUGACUAUAAGGACAGAUUUGCUAAGAGUACUAUACACUGUGAAGCAGUGUGUUUUUGUGACAUGUAUUUGUACUGAGUGUGAGUGUGUGUGUGUGUAAGACUUACAAUGACCUCCAGAAAAACCCUCAUGUUGACAUUGUUUUCCUUCUAUAAGUGCAAAAUGAAGUCUGCAUUUAUUUUUGUCAAGCAUCUGCAUUCUGUCACUUCCAUAUUUUAACAUGUAUGUUACAUAACGAUGACGCUUAUUCAGUCGCCUUCUGAGCUUGUGGUCAUGUUGCAGAGGCGUCAGUAAUAGAAACCAAAUAUGGACUUAAUACCAUCACCAAGGUCAAGACUUAAGACUUCAAAUAUGGCAAGUACUGUACAUCCCAAUGUGUAUUUCCUCGUCAGUGUGGUACUGGUGUAAUCUAUCCUGUGAAAACCCGUUUCCCUGCCCCUCAUGGAGGUGAAUGUGUGUGUUCAGUUGUGUAGUUGGUUUGGAUUUGAGUGUGUAUGUGCUGAUGCGUGUGCGACUAUGGGUAGGUAGGGAUGGUCAGCCUUUAAAUGUGCAUGCCGUGAUGUGCGCGUGCGUGUGUGUGUGUGUGUGUGUGUGUGUGUGUGUUGUGUACUCAAAGUGUGUGCAGGAGAGCGAGAUGGCGUGUGUGUACAAAAUCGUCUCUCGUUGUUGUCAACUGCCAAAUGACCUAAUGAAGGAUGUAACUCCCUCUAGUACCUCUCAAGCUUGUAGAAGAUCGAUGUAUGUCUACAAAAGACAACCCAGAGUCUAUUAGCAUAACCUACCUGUAUAGAAUAAACCUAUAGAAAUAUACGACAAGUAUCAGAUAAUAAAAGAUAUAUGUAGAAAUAAAA